CUAGACAUGCAGACUGCUUCUACAAACAUUUGUGAAAGAAUGGGUCGCUCUCAGGAGCUCAGUGAAUUCAAGCAUUGUACCGUGAUAGGUUGCCACCUGUGCAAUAAGACCAUCCAUGAAAUUUCCUUGUUACUAAAUAUGCCACGGUCAACUGUUAGUUAUAACAAAGUGCACAGUAUGCAGAACAGCUGCAACCAAGCCUUACAUCACUAAGUGCAAAGCAAAGUGUCAAAUGCAGUGGUGUAAAUCAUGGAGUGAUAAAUCACGCAUCUCUGUCUAGCAAUCCAAUAGACCUGUCUGGGUUUGGCGGUUGCCAGGAGGACGGUACUUGCCUGACUGCAUUAUGUCAAGUGUA